CGACCACAAUCCAUCACAGCUCCUACUAGUGUUAUUGCAAACAAUCACAUCCUUCCCAUCUCCUCUCUUGUCCUGGAUCUCAAUCACAUCUUAUCAGCCGACCGAGCUGCAUCGUGUUUAAGGCGCAAUAGGCGCCAUGCACGCCCUCUACUCCUCCCUCCUCCCCGCCUCCGCCGUCCACCACUCGCUCUUCCUUCCUCACUUCACCCCCUCGACUAUCUACCAGCUGCCCAAGCCGCAUGCCGCCGUCGAGACACCAGAUGUCAAGGUGCGCGGAAACCUCGUAGUCGCCGGAGGUGAAGACCUCCGCGUCUUCGAAGUCCGCGAGGAGACGGCGGCUGUGCCCGACCAAGGCGUGGUUGAGGACAGGCAGGACGGGGAUGUGGACGUAGGAGACAGCUUCUUUGACUCGGCGCCAGCAGAUCGUGCGCCGGUGCGCUUCGAGACGACACUUCGGCUACACCUUCUCACGAAGCACACCUUGCAUGGUGUGGUCACCGGACUUGCGCCGUUGCGUACCAUCGAAAGUGGUGUGGAUGGACUUGACCGCUUGCUGGUGUCGUUCAAGGACGCCAAAAUGGCUAUCCUCGAGUGGUCGCGCGGCGACAUCGCAACCGUUUCGUUGCAUACCUAUGAGCGAUGUCAGCAGAUGGUGAACGGCGACUUGCAGGGCUAUGUCCCAAUGCUCCGCAGUGACCCUCUGUCCCGUCUUGCUAUCCUCACACUGCCGGAGGACUCACUCGCAAUCCUCCCCAUCUUGCAGGAACAAUCCGAGUUGGACCACACACAGGAUAGCCACUCUCACGAUGUGCCAUACUCUCCGUCCUUUGUGCUCGCCCUAUCUGACGUCUCUCCGACGAUUAAGAAUCUGCAGGAUCUUCUCUUCCUCCCGGGCUUCCACUCUCCGACGGUCGCGCUCCUCUUCGAACCUUCGCACACAUGGGCGGGACGGUACAGAUCCAACAAGGACACGUUCCGCCUCGAGAUUCGCACGAUCGACUUGAGUGCAGGUGGCUCAUAUCCUCUCUUGACGACUGUGUCCGGUCUUCCGGCGGACUGCCUGUAUCUCGUGCCCUGCCCCACGGAGGUGGGCGGCAUCGCGAUCGUGGCCGGUAAUGGCAUUGUGCAUGUCGACCAGGGCGGGCGCAUUGUAUCUGCAGCUGUCAACGGAUGGUGGGAUCUGUCAACGUCCCUCUCGACCAACCGCGACUCGGAGGGACGCAAGCUCACGCUUGAUGGCUCCCGCGCGGAGUUUGUUGGCCCCAACGACAUGCUUCUCGUGCUUGCAAAUGGCCAGGCCCACCAGGUCCGCUUCGAGAUGGACGGGCGGGCUGUUGGCGCAAUCAAGGUAGACGAGGCCAGCAGCAAUGUACCACCUCCAUCAACAAUGGUCACUGCUGGCGCACAGGGGCUCUUCGUUGGCUCGGCAGAAGGCGACUCGCUUCUCGCAAAGGUCGACCUCGUCCGCGAAUACGUGGAGGAAGAGGCUAAGGAAGAACAGAAAAACGAAGACAUGGAGGUGGACUGGGAUGAGGACCUGUACGGAGAGAGUGCACCGGCCGCAAAUGGCACCGCGAAUGGCUCUGCGAAGGCUGUGCCUACGGGUCCCGCAAACGUCAAUUUGAUAAAGCAGGACGUUUUGAGCGGCGUAGGACGCAUCUCAGCGAUUGAGUUUGGCACAGCUGUCACGGAUCAAAACGCAAGGACAUAUCCUCAGCUCGUGGCACUUGGUGGCGGCAGCGCCGGGUCCACUAUCAACGUCUUUAGGCGAGGCAUUCCAAUCACCAAGAAGCGCCGUUUUGAUCAGCUUGCCAACGCAAAUGCUACGUGGUUCCUGCCAAUCCAGCGACCGACUGCCCAGAAGUUCAAGGACAUACCGGACAACGAGUUGUCAACCAUCUUGGUGGCCACCGAUACGGUACAGACAAGAAUCUACGCCUUGUCAACGAAGACGACGCAGGAGCAGAUAAAGCGGCUGGAGGAGCCUGCGAUCAACGUGGGUGCAUUCUUCCAGCGCUCCAGCAUUCUUCACGUCUCGGCCACUAAGGUGUUGUUGCUUGACCAAGAUGGUGAGGAACAACAAGUAGUAUGUCCACCCUCUUCCGACCUGGCUCCGAUAGUCGAUGCCUCCAUCUCUGAUCCCUACGUCAUUAUUCGACGAUCCGACGGUUCGGUGACACUGUUUGUCGGCGACUCUGUGGCGCGCACUGUGUCACAGGCCAGCGACCUUGGUCCUUUGCCAGAGUGCCAGGCCGCGGACGUGUUCUCGGACACGACGGGUGUUUUUAGGACAUUCGAGGCCACGGAGCGCAAGGAUGAACCGUCAGCUCCUGCUGCCGCGAGCGGGGGACAGCGCAAUGCGCAGCGCGGGCGAACGCAGCUCACGGGCGAGCAGCUCAAGCGUCUGCAGGAGUCCAAGCCUGCCAUCGCUUCGGAGGCUGAGACACGCGAGUCGGCGUUUAUCGCCGCCCGUGGUACCCAGUGGCUUGCGUUGUUGACAACCAAGGGUGCGCUGCAGAUUCGCCGCCUGCCAGACUUUACACUCGUGCUUGAGUCAAACGGUGUGUCGAACUCGGAACCAUCUUUCACAGACGACAUCGGGGGCGAGACCGACGCGGCAGACACCGAGGACGGUGUGCGGCAGAUGAUCAUGUGCCCAAUCGGCAAGCGCACCGUCCGCCCCCAUCUGUUGGUAAUGCACAACUCGGGACGCUUCAACAUCUACGAGGCGCAACCGCGAUUUACGCUCGAUGCGCGCGAUCAGUCACGUCGCUCGCUGGCCGUGCGCUUCCGCAAGGUAUACACCCAGCUGUUGGCACAGAACGCCAUCUCAAAUCUGGGGUACAAUAUCGUUCCCUUCGCAGACCUCGAGGGCAUGACAGGCGCAUUCAUUACAGGCGAGCGCCCACACUGGAUCCUGGCUAGCGACGCGCACCCGGUACACGCGUACGGGUUGAAGCAGGCGGCGUACGCUUUCGGGCGUACCACACACCAUGGUGGCACCGGCGAGUACUUCUUGCGCAUCGAGGAUGGUAGUUUCAUCUGUUAUCUUCCGCCAACGCUCAACACGGACUUCGCAAUGCCGUGCGACCGCUACGCCAUGGAGCGAACAUACACUGCGAUUGCGUUUGACCCGCCCUCAGGACAUUACGUUGGCGCGUCCAAUAUCUCCGUGCCGUUCCAGGCGUACGACGAGGAGGGCGAGAUUCAACUGGGCCCAGAGGGUGAAAAUCUCAUUCCGCCGCUGAACGAGCGCGCGACACUCGAGCUGUUUAGUGCAGGCAGCGAUCCUUGGCGUGUCAUCGACGGCUACGACUUCGACCAGAACGAGGCGAUUUUGACAGUGCAGAGCGUCAACCUUGAAAGCGCGGCGAGCCCAACAGGCUUCCGCGACUUUAUCGCUGUAGGCACGGGCAAGAACUUUGGCGAGGACCGGGCAUCUCACGGCGCAGUCUACAUUUUCGAGGUCGAUGAGAUCGUGGGGGCAACUCCUGGGCAACCAGGCUUCCGUCUUCGCUUCUGCACGAAGGAUCCGACGCGCAAUCCCGUCAGCGCGCUGGCCAACCUUGGGCCAUAUCUGAUCCACUCAAACGGGCCAAAGAUUCUCGCGAAGGGUCUCGAUUAUGACGACCGCCUGAUGGGCCUCGCGUUCCUCGACGUGUCGAUGUAUGUCACGUCCCUAGCUGUCUUCAAGAACCUCAUUCUCGUUGGAGACUUUGUCAAAUCGCUCGUGUUCUCGACAUUUCAGGAGAACCCAUACAAAUUCACGACGGUCGCACGCGACCUCACGGACCGCUCGCUGGUCUCUGCCGACUUCCUCGUCAUGGAGGGUGCGGCGGCGUUCGUCACCAGCGACAGGCAUGGCGACCUGCGACUGUUGGCGUUUGACCCUGCCGAUCCGGACAGCUUGAAUGGGGAGAAGCUUAUCCUCAAGACCGAGUUCCAUUGCGCGUCGCCGCUCACGGCGAGCAAGACUAUCGCGCGCCGACGCACAGCUGAGGAGGACGUCGCGCCGCAGACGCAGCUCAUCUAUGCCACCGCCGACGGCGCACUCACCACCCUCGUGGCGGUCAAGACGGCGCGUGCCAAGCGCCUCCAGCUCGUGCAGGACCAGUUGGUGCGCAACGCGCCCCACGUCGCGGGCUUGAACCCGCGCGCGUUCCGCAGUGUGCGCAACGACUUGGUACCCCGUCCACUAGUCAAGGGUAUACUCGACGGUGGGUUGCUGGAGCACUUCGCGCUCCAACCCAUUAAGCGACAAAACGAAAUGAUGCGCCAGAUCGGCACGGACGUGGUGACAGUUGCGAGCGACUUGUAUGCGUUGGGCGGGUUCUGGUAGACCUAUGCAUUAUACUUUGUCCCCAUGCG